AUGACCAGCAAGGUCAAAUGGGCACGUAAACCUGUUAUGAACCAAUGGGUUGCAACGGUAGCCGGGCAGGCUGCACCAGCCAGAUCGGACGAGAUUCUCCCUGCUCGAGAACAUUACCAGCAGUAUAUGUUCAAUCCGGAAAAGCAUGCUGCGGCUACCGUUGCUCGGCUCCGUUCACUGUGUGAAGCGCAGGACACGCGCUCCACGGGUACCCGGCUUCGGGAUGGUACGGAUGAAGAGUGGGAAAUCAUUCAGGGGCUUGCGGAGGGUUACUUUGUGAGCCGCUCAUGCCCACACUUUAUCAAGAAAGUGUUAAAUGCGAAAGAUCGAUUGCGACUCCAGUCGACCAUUCAGCUGCAAGUCGAAGGAGAGCUAUCAUUCUCCUUGGCUGGGCAAGGAGCAAUUCCAUUUAGUCGACAGCAUACCCAGGCACUGAAGGAAGACAUACUGCUGGCGGCCGAAGGGUUGAAGGUGAAUCUACAAACACUGCACACCAUGCUCAGUUAG